UUCGCGAAAGCAUGUUUGCAUGUUGUUUGAAAGUUUGCUUUUUUUACAGGUUGCAGAUUUCAAACUCGUUCUUUUUCGCAAAUUUUUACUCUAGUCAAUAAUAAUAAUAAUAAAAAUAAUAAAGAAAAAAAGUGGAAUAAAACAGGAAGAAUAUAUGCAGACGUGACUUUCAUGUGACUUGUUGCAAAAAUUGAAAGUUGAAGCCAAGAUGGAUGAUAACAUGAUGAUGGAUGAUGUAGGGAUGAACAUGCACAGCAAUUCUACCAUGAUGAUGAUGAUGAUGAUGCAAAUGUAUUUUACUGCGGAUAAAAAAGUAACGAUGCUGUUCAAACAAUGGAAAACGACCACUGUUGCAGAAUUAUUUGGCACGUGUGUGUUUUGUUUCUUUAUGGCUAUGCUGUACGAAGGCUUCAAAUCUUGGCGACUUUCUUUAAUAAAAAAGAAAAAAUCGAUUCUUACUGGUCAACGUAACGGACGAUACGAAGCUAUUGAUGCGGACGUCAAGGAACCUUCUGCAAAGCGAAUGCAUCUGACCACGCACUCCAUCCAGACACUCCUCCACAUGUUCCAAUUAACAGCAGGUUACUUGCUUAUGUUGGCUGUGAUGACGUAUAACGUUUGGAUUGGCGUCUCCAUUAUUUUAGGAUCUGGUCUCGGUUACUUUAUCUUCUCAUGGGCACCCCUAACAAUGGAGGAGACCAUGGGUGACCAUUGCAAUAUGUGAUUAGCGCCUAGACUUCUACACCACCUUCAUAGCGAACAAGAAGAAAUAAGCCCACAUACAACGCAUGAGACAAAAGAUACUUUGUGUUCUAAAUAAGUCUGUGUUUAUACUAAGUUUUCUAGUGAUGUUUUUUAUGUGUUUUUUAUUGUUGUUUAAAAUGUAAGCAUUAAAACA